GUUACCGCUCGUGAACACCAGAUGUCGGUGUUUGUUCUUUUAAGCUAACGUCACCGGGAGCGCACGUUGCUGGUUCCCUGUGCGUCUUUUGGAAACGAUCAUUCCCACCCAGGGUGCAAUCACUGGACUGCACUAGCUCAGCAGACCGUUCUCUAAUCAACGCAAUGCUUCCCCGAGCUGUCCUUCGACAUGGAAACUAAAGCGGUCGAUGCCAACGAUUGCUCCGAGUGCGAUGGGCUGCCGGCGUGCAGGUGAACCGACGUGAGAACCGGGGCUCCGCGUAGGAUAGGAAGCGCUCUCUCCGCCGCUCGGGAGCGGUGUCACUCGACCCUCAGUCCGCAUUUAGACACUUCGGAGACGCGGGGACAUGUCGAGAGACAGCAUGACAGCUGUGCGAGGAGCCCAUUCACCCAGUGCGAGCCCCGCAUCGCCCAAAGAGAAUGGACACGCAGCGCCGAGCCCCGCACAGCCCGCAGCCAACUUUCGCCGGCCCUCGGUGGGGAACGCGCCCCAGGACCACCUGCUCCCCGCCACCAGCGAGCUGACCCACACAUGGAUCCACUUCGCUAAGACAUUUGUCCUGAUUUUUCCCAUUUACGCCCUGGGCUAUUUUGAGUUCAGCUUCAGCUGGCUGUUGAUUGGACUAGUUAUCUUUUUCUGGUGGAGAAGAAACACGGGAGGGAAAUACAGCCGGCUGAGUCAAGCGCUGGCUUUCUUCGAGCAAGAGGAGAGAAGUGCCAAACAGGGUCUGACCACCUCAGAUUUGCCGCCAUGGGUGCACUUCCCAGAUGUGGAGCGAGUGGAGUGGCUAAACAAGACGGUGAAACAGAUGUGGCCGUACAUCUGCCAGUUUGUGGAAAAAUUGUUCCACGAAAUGAUCGAGCCGGCGGUGAAGGAGUCCAACGCCCACCUCAGCACCUUCUGCUUCAGCAAGAUCGACAUGGGCGACAAACCACUGAGGAUCAACGGGGUCAAGGUCUACUCAGAAAAUGUGGAUAAGCGUCAAAUCAUUAUGGACCUGCAGAUCAGCUUUGUUGGCAACACUGAGAUCGACGUGGACAUUAAACGCUUCUACUGCAGAGCCGGCAUCAGAAGCAUCCAGAUCCACGGUGUGCUGAGAGUGGUGAUGGAGCCCCUGCUGGGCGACAUGCCGCUUGUUGGAGCCCUGUCCCUUUUCUUCCUCAAGAAGCCCCUUGUCGACAUAAACUGGACCGGACUCAGCAAUAUACUGGACAUUCCUGGGCUCAACGGCUUCUCUGACAGCCUGAUACAAGACAUUAUCUACAGUUAUUUGGUUUUACCCAACCGUGUAACGAUCCCUCUGGUGGGGGACGUGGAGCUGGCCAAGCUACGCUUCCCAAUGCCAAAGGGGGUCCUGAGGAUCCACUUCCUGGAGGCUCAGGACCUGGAGGGGAAAGAUAAAUUUUUGGGAGGGCUCAUCAAGGGCAAGUCUGACCCCUACGGCAUCCUGCAGGUCGGCAACCAGCUGUUCCACAGCAAGACGAUUAAGGAGAGCCUUCACCCCAAGUGGAACGAAGUUUACGAGGCGCUGGUUUACGAGCACUCGGGGCAACAUCUUGAGAUCGAGCUGUUUGAUGAAGAUCCAGAUAAAGAUGAUUUUCUAGGAAGCCUGAUGAUUGAUAUGACCGAGCUGCACAAAGAGCAGAAGGUUGAUGAGUGGUUUGAUUUGGAAGAAGCUCCGACUGGAAAACUCCACUUGAAGCUGGAGUGGCUGUCUCUGCUCUCCACUCCUGAGAAACUGGACCAGGUGCUGCGAAGUGUGCGCGCAGACAGAAGCCUGGCCAACGACGGGCUGUCGUCAGCGCUGCUGGUCGUCUAUCUGGACUCAGCCAAGAACCUCCCGAGCGUCUUCACGGGCAGCUUAGGCUGUGGGAACUUGAGCGAAAGGAAAGCGUCCGGCCUAGUCUUUUGCGAGAGCAAUACCUCCGAGUAUAGAACGAUAUGUUGUGCCAAGAAGAGUAGCAGCGAACCGAGCCCUUAUGUUCAGUUCACAGUUGGACAUAAAACACACGAGAGCAAGAUCCGGUACAAGACAAAGGAGCCUCUUUGGGAAGACUGUUUCACAUUCCUCGUUCACAACCCCAGGAGGCAGGAGCUGGAGGUGGAGAUAAAAGAUGACAAACAGAAAUGCACCCUGGGUAACCUGACGGUGCCUUUGAGCGACCUGCUGGUGGAGGAGGACAUGACGCUGACUCAGUGCUUCCCUGUCAAGAACUCGGGGCCCAGCUCCAUCAUCAAACUUAAGAUGGCCCUGAGGAUCCUGUCGUUGGAGAAGCAGGUGUCCUCGGACCAGCCUUCAUCCGUCCGGGUGAGGAAGUCCAGCGUGCCCCAGCCGCCCCCGGCCGCCUCCGUCUCCCUGAGACCGUCCGUCUCAGACUCCCCGCUGCCCGCGCCCACGCACCCCCCGCAGCCCAUGGACGCCUCCACCUUCACCCUCCAGCAGCGGGACGGCGAGCCGUACUCGGCCAGCCCUCUGCGCAGCGCCUCCACCCUCAGCAUCUCCAUGUCCAGCUCCCAGAAGCACCUGCCUCACAAGGAGUCCACGCCCAGCCUGGCCUCGGACAUCUCGCUGCCCUUCGCCACCCUGGAGCUCCAGCACAGACUCCGUCAGCUGCAGAACGGCUCGGCCCCCGGCCAGUACCCCCUGGGCGAGGUCCAGCUGACCGUGCGACACAGCUCUCAGAGGAACAAGCUCAUCGUGGUGGUGCACGCCUGCCGUAACCUGAUAGCCUUCACCAAGGACGGCUCCGACCCCUUCAUACGCCUCUAUCUGCUGCCCGACAAGAGUCGGACGGGGAGGAGGAAGACGAGCACGAUGAAGAGGACCCUUAACCCUGUUUAUGAUCAAACGUUUGAGUUCAGUGUAUCUAUGGUGGAGCUCCACAGGAGAACUCUGGAUGUAGCGGUGAAGAACGGAGGGAGCAUCCUGUCCAAACACAAAGGGCUUCUGGGAAAGGUGCUGGUAGAUUUAGGUGGGGAUGACAUAUCAAAGGGAUGCACACAAUGGUAUGAUCUUAGUGAAGAUGGUUUGUCAUCUUCAGCCACAAGAAGUAUUGAAGAUCCCCAUCUCACAUAAUGAAACCACCUCUCUGUUGUAAAAUAAUGAUCUUGUUAAAUUAAGGGAACAUCUUUCUGUUAUAUAAGCAUACGUUUUUGUUUUUUUAUUAUUACAGUUUCAGCAUGUAAUAAGUUUGGUUUUGAAAACAUUUCCUGUAAUUAUUUCAUGAUCACGAUCUGAGGAUAUUGUAACUUAUUGUAAUGAAACACACUGACUGCCUUGCCUCUGUUUUCAGUGUUGUAUGUAAAUGAUCAAAUUGAUAGUAGAUAGUUUGAAGAAUUUGCAGAAGCUCUACUCCCUUAAAUGACUUUUAUGUUGAGAUCUGUCCAAGCUCUUAUCGAUUCAUGUCAUGUUUGUUAAAAUGUUACAAAUUCAGUUUGAAAGGAGACUCUUACCAAAGGAACAGAUACAAACACAAACGUAGCAGUCUUGAUUUUCUUUUGUUGUUGUUUUUCAUGCAGUGUUAUUUGAUUUUUAUCGUUAUUUAUGCUUGAUUACAAACAAGGAAUGCACAUAUGCAAAGAAUAAAAUUACUGCUCUGCAUAUUUUAAGGAGAUUUGUGCACUAUAAGUCGCUCUGAUCAGACCCGUGGGCAUUUUAGGGCUAUGAACAAGUGCUGGGUAAUAUGAAGAUACUUGAAUAAGGGUUUUUCAAACCGAAUGUGAGUCGAACAAAGUGAAAAGUAUGAACUGUUUUUGCAUUUAAUGAGCAGGGCUGUCAGGAUCUGUAAGGAUUAUGCAUUAUUUAUGUCAUGCUUGUAUAUGUUUUACUUUUAAAUACAUUUCUUGUAAUCUAUCCUGUGCCUUAAAAACUCACUAAGUAAUUGUAUUGCCUUCUUAAUGUUAUCAUUUUGAAUGAUAUGAUGCCUCAUUUGAUGAAUAAAUGGUUUCUCUUGUGCAAA